AUGACCGCCAUGGAGUCUUUUUUGGUUGUCUUUAUUAUUGCGGAUUUCACGAUCUGUACGCAACUCCAGGGGAUUUUGACCGACCCGGACCACACUACGUCCCUCUACCACAAGACCCAGGAGAUGUUGGAGACUAUGGACAACGAAUCCUACGUCUGCAGCAUGGUCAAGGAGAUUUUGGAUGCCAAUGGCGACACUUUGGACCUGGCCACAAAAAUUCAAGAAAUGCUGGACCAACUUCAAGCCUCCACCAAUCUACCCACCAAGAUUCGGUGCAUACAAGACGACCUUUUGGCCCUGUCAAGGCCAUCUUCAAGGAAGUGCCACAUUGGACCUUAG